UCUCUCCAAUAUAAGGUUGUUGUCAGUAAGUUAGUGCAAGUUAAGCAAACGUUACAAGUCCAUUUAAGGAUACAUAUCGUUGGAUAUUGCAAUACUGUUCUGUCUACGUUGUGAGGAAAUAUGGAAGAAAAGUUUACAAAAAGUUACAUUAAGGUGGAUGGACCUCCUGUUGCACUAAAACAUCAAACUUUUCCGCAGGUGAUGAAACAUUAUGCGGAGACGAAACCUGACGGUGAGUCUGUUGUCUUUGUAUCAACUGACGGGACUCGAGAAUGCGUAACUUGGUUUCAGCUUUACCAACGAUCUCAGAUAAUGGCGAAAUCACUGAUUGAAAUGGGGAUUCAGAGGCACGAGGUUGUUGCUAUCAACGUACGUUGUUGUCCAGAGUGGUUAUAUGCUACAUUUGGUGUCAUGAUGGCUGGAGCCAUUCCAGUCAGUAUAUCCUUCACGUAUACUGACGGGAGUGACCUUAUCGCUCUAAUGAAAAAGAUGGAAACUUGUUCGCUGCUUAUUCUUGAUCCUGGUGCAGACAGUAUUAAUUGGAACAUCCUUUGUAAACUUCUUGACGAGUACAAAGCUGACGGUAAAGUAAAAAGCCAGAAAAUGCCAUACCUAAGAUAUAUUCUAGGGGUAAGGUUUGAUGGACACCCAGAAUUAUCUAAUGUCUUAGGCUUGCGAGACCUUUUAGAGGCGGACCAUUGUGAUAUAGAACUUCCCGUCGUUAAGCCAACCGAUGUAUGUGGACUCUUCCAGACAUCUGGGAGCACAGGGAUUCCAAAACUUGUUACAUAUACUCACCAAUCACCUCUAAAGAUGUUUAGUGAUUCUGAUGUUCUCGAACAUUCUAAUCCGAAAUAUAUCUUUUUCAACGACAGGCCUUUCAAUUGGGGUGGUGGAUAUCCAUUUUCCAUAUUAACGGGCCAAACAAGGGUGACACUUUCUGAAUUUUGCGAUCCUCCGAAUGACAGACUUUCCUUUAUGAUUGACGUAAUAGUCAAAGAGAAAUGUACUUUGAUUUGUGCUCUACCACCUCUGAUGCAUGAGCUUAUCAAAAGAAAGGAAUAUUUGCCAGAUGACUGGCCAGUUGAAGGCAUACUGACUGGUGGACAGCCUCUUACUAAGCGCUUAGCUGCCUGCAUAGGAAAAGCUUGUAAAUUCCUUCUGUGCUUGUAUGGAGGCUCAGAGUUUGCAGGCGCGACUGUAGCGAAAAUAACUAAUCCAAAUGAUUUCACCGAAUUUGGAUGCGGAAAACCUUUUAAUAUGCCUGGGCUGGAAAUCAAAAUAGUGGACGAGAACACAGAAAUAGUACCCGUCAAUCAAAGGGGAGAAAUAUACGUUCGAUCAGAGGCCAUGUUUGCGGGCUAUUUCAACGAUCCGGAGAAAACAAAAGCCGUGCUCUCCGAAGACGGAUGGUAUAAAACAGAUGAUAUUGGGAGGAUGACCGAAGAUGGUGAAUUCUUUGUAGAGGGUCGAAAAUCCAAUAUGAUUAUUUCAGGGGGAUUUAACGUUGCUCCAGAGAUUCUUGAGAAUGUUAUGAAAACUUUCCCUGGUGUAGAUUCUGUCAUUAUCGUACCAGUUCCAGAUGACGUUUACUAUCAAGUGUUGUGUGCUUGUAUUGUUAAAAAAGGAGAUUGCGAAAUAAGCGAAGAAGAUAUCCGAAAGAACUGCCACGAGUAUCACGCAGACAAACCGGGACUUUUUACAGUUCUUCCGAAAUACUACAUGUUCCUUGAAUCGUUUCCUGAAACAAGAAGUGGGAAAACUCACCGAAUGGAGUUGGAAAAAAUAUCACUUCAACGAUUUCGUCAGAGUACAUUCUAAGAUAUAUUAAAUAUAAAUGUUGUGUAAAAUAUGCGUAACGUUCUAUGAUAUUUCUCUUAGGAAUAAACCAAUACUAUAUUAUGUAAACAAAUAUAUAUAUGGUUAGUAUAGGAUAAAAGAAGGAGCACAUGAUGAAGAAAAUAUAUUUAUGCAUUAUUUGUGCAUUAUAAUUAACACAAUAUCAAAUGAUCAUUAGAAUGCUGUUAAAUAUUUCUUGAAGUUUGUGGCCAUAUAAACAAUAUAGUUUGAAGAAUUUUUAUGUUUGUGAAUAUGCAUAAUACAACAAAACGGAAAUAAAUUUUAU